UCAGAUUUAAACCAAUUUCUAUGGCUCAUGGUACUUACCAAACGUAGCCAUUUAUACUUAAUUUCACUGUACUUAUUUGAAUAUGAAGGGGGAAUUUGGCUAUGGCAGUAUCAGAUUAAAUUAUGAAUUCAGUAAGUAUCAUUUGCUCAACGUUAAGUCUAUUACUAUCUCUUAGUGUAAUUCCUAAAAAUCAAACAAAAACAUUGGAAUGAAAAUGGUGAGUCACGUCACUGUCUGUGGAGGAGUGGAAGAAGAAUAGUCCAUUGGCUGAAUUUUCUACUCUGUAAGUUACAAAAGUAGUUAUCCUUGGAAAAGAAAAUUAAUUAUCAUUCGGAGAUGAUAAGAACGCUUUGUGAUUAUUAAUUGACUAGUAUUCAUCACUCUUGUUGUGAUGAUGGGCUGUAUGCAUUCUCUAACAGCCUUCUCCUUCUCUCUCGUCGCCUUAUUAGUGAUUUCGUGUUGUUCUAAAUGUGAGGGUAGAGAUAGCAUCAGCGUUGGAGAGCCAUUGACGGAGAGUGACAAGACUCUUGUAUCAGCUGAGGGGCGAUUUGAGCUUGGUUUUUUCGAUAGAAAUGGUGGCAAAUAUUUGGGCAUAUGGUAUUACAAAGUGUCACCAAGAACCAUCGUGUGGGUUGCGGGAAGAGACGCGGCACUGCCGGUAUCAUGUGGAGGUGUUCGGAUCCGUGAGGAUGAUGGAAAUGUCAAGGUUGAAUGUGGCGAUGGUAAACUUCACGCCGUUAUAAGUCUUGCUACGUCUGCAGGUUCUAACAAAACACUGCAGCUGUUGGAUUCUGGGAACUUGGUUCUUGUUGAUGCUUCUUCAGGUGCAAGAUUGUGGCAGAGUUUCAACGAGCCAACUGAUACUUUUCUUCCUGGUAUGAAACUGUCUGAUACCGUCAAGCUGAGCUCGUGGAAGAAUCCAGACAAUCCAGCUAUAGGAAACUACUCGUUCCAGCAAGAGCAAGGUGUGUAUGUGAUAUACGAGAGUGUCAACGUGCGCUGGAAAAACAACGAGCCUAGCUCCUUCAUGAAGGACACUUUUCCUUUCUAUAUAGACGACAUGCUAUCAGGCUCAAGCGCUACCACAGAGUUAUAUAAGAAAAGUGCAAAGAAAGGUAUAUACAAAGUAUCUCCGUUUACAACUGACUUCAACAAUUCAAGGUUGGUGAUGAACUCUUUGGGACAGAUACAGUACUACAAUUUGAGCAAUGGCAUGAACUGGUCAAGUGUGUGGCCAGCGCCCGAUGAUCCUUGCAGCGUGUACAACAAAUGUGGGAAGUUCGGUGUAUGCAACUCAUCCGGGAAACCUAUGUGCACGUGCCCUCAUGGAUUCAUUCCCGACUCCUCAGAAGACUGGGAGGCCGGGAAGUACUCUGACGGUUGCAGGGUCCCACCUGGGGAGUGCAGCAACAGGAAGAAUUUUGUGAGUAUAACGCUUAUGAGAGUGGGCGGAGACUUCAAGCCAAUUACUGAGGCCCAACAAGAGGAAGACUGCAAACAUGAGUGUUUAACUUUGAAUGAUUGCAAGUGUCAUGCCUACUAUUUUGAUUUCGGAAACAGCAGUGCUGGCAGCAGAGGAACGGGAAAAAAUUCACCAACAUGUUGGAUUUGGACAAAUGAUGUCGAAAAUCUUAAUCUGGGUGAUGAUGUUGAUGCUGAUAGCAUUAACCUUUUUCUCCGCAUAUCCGAAGGUGCUGGUGCAGGUGCAGGUGCAGGUGAGGUUAACACCAGAAACGACCCUGAGGCUCAGGCACCUAAGAGUCGGAACAACGCACCAAGAGUAUAUGUGAUCGCCAUCGUUGCUUUGGCAGGUGGGAUUAUACUACUUUCUUUCUCCGCCUGUAUCUUGUAUAGAAGGAGGGCGGCUGAAAGACCAGGUUAUCACAGACGCACUGAAGCUAAUUCGGCACUCUUCUCGACUGGGAGUGAACGACAAGUGAAUGACUUGAUGCAAGAAAAUGGCAAGGGGAUUGAUGUUCCUUUUUACAAUCUUGAUUCCAUCUUGUCUGCCACGGACGAUUUCUCAGAUGCAAAUAAGCUCGGGCAAGGUGGAUUCGGGCCGGUCUAUAAGGGAAUGUUUCCGGGGGGACAUGAAAUUGCAGUGAAGAGACUGUCGAGCUGCUCAAGCCAAGGAAUCGAGGAAUUCCUCAAUGAGGUCGUCUUGAUUGCCAAGCUUCAACAUAGGAAUCUAGUUAGGCUUCUGGGAUACUGCAUCAAGGGGAGUGAAAAAAUCUUGCUUUAUGAAUACAUGCCUAAUAGAAGCUUAGAUGCCUUCUUAUUUGACGAACACAACCGGUUGCUACUCGACUGGAAGAAGAGGUUCGAGAUCAUAUUGGGGAUAUCCCGAGGGCUGCUGUAUCUUCACCAAGAUUCGAGGUUGAGAAUCAUUCAUCGUGAUCUGAAAACGAGCAACAUCUUGCUAGAUGAAGAUAUGAACCCCAAGAUUUCGGAUUUUGGUUUGGCGAGGAUCGUUCAAGGCAAGGGGACAGAAGCAAGCACAAACAAAGUGGUCGGAACCUAUGGCUAUAUGUCUCCAGAAUACGCGUUGGACGGGAAAUUCUCAACCAAAUCCGAUGUUUUUAGCUUCGGAGUGGUGAUGCUAGAGAUCAUAAGUGGGAAGAAAAACACAGGCUUCUACAAUCCUCAACAAGUCCUAAAUCUGUUAGGUUAUGCAUGGAGACUGUGGUGUGACAACAAGUCCCUCGACAUGAUCGACCCGACGCUGUCGGGUUCGUGCGAGAAAUCCGAGGUGAUCAAGUGUAUUAACAUAGGGCUACUCUGUGUCCAAGAAGAUCCCAACGAACGUCCCUCCAUGGCGACUGUUGUCUUAAUGCUGGGGAGUGAGACGAGCCCUCUUCCCCUCCCGACUCAGCCGGCAUUUGUCGUGAGGCGACGGCUCUCGAGCACGCCGUCGUCAUCUUCUUCCGCCCAACCGGACUCCAUCUCAGUCAACGAGCUCACUUUUACUAUGGCACAAGGGCGGUGAUGAGAGGUUGUGAGCAACAUAGUAGAAUCACUUUAUUAUGUUUUCUAUACAUAUUUGGAGUGUAAGGUAAUUCGCAGUUAGCAAUGUUAUAGAAUAAACAUUAUUUAUUGGUGUAAUAUAUGUCUAAUAAAAGUGUGGCAAUUCAAAGUGAAAA